AUGAAUCUUAGUAUAUUAGAUCUUGGUGAUGAUAUUUUAGUAUCACAAAUUCCAAAAUAUUUAACUCCUGAAGAAAUCUUUAAUUUUUCAAUUAUUAAUAAAUCAAUAUAUCAAUUAUAUUAUCAUUCACAACUUUCAUCAUUAUUAUUUCAAAUUUUAUAUAAUAAGAAAUUCACAAAUAAUGAGAAUAAUUAUACAUUGAGUUUGAAGGAUAAACUCAAUUGGAAACAAUUAUUUGAAUUACGUUGUAAUCCAAAACAAAAGGUUUAUACUUGGGGAUCACCAAGUGGCGGAAGAUUAGGUUAUUUAAUUAGUCGAGUUGAUCAAUAUAGAACUAGGAGAAUCAAUGAAGGAGGUCACCAUCAAUGGUCAGUAAAUAUGCCUUGUAAUAUCCAUGAAUUCAAUGAUCAUAUAAUUGUGGAUAUUGUAGCAAAUGGUUACAGUUUUAUUAUAUUGACCAAUUCUGGGGAAAUGUGGUUUACUGGAGUCGACUGGAAACAACCUCAUCACACAACAGGAGCAACUCCAGGUCCAAUCCAUCAACAAGAUUAUAGACCCAAUCCAGGAGCAUUGGCAUUGGAAUCAUUAAAUAACCAGAAUGGUAGAACUUUAGGUUCUCGAAGAUCUUUAAGAUUAGGUGGUAUGAGAGGAGUCAUGCCAAUGCCAUUUACUAGACAUGAUCCAAAUGAAGAAGGAAAUCAAGACGAAGAAGAAGAAACGACGACAGCAACGACUCCACCUCAUGCACCCACUGGUUCCCCUGUCCCAGGCUCAAGAAGAAGAUUGCAACCUACUGAAUCUUCUGAAGAUGAAGAAGUUCCAGAAUUUUAUCAUCCUCCAUCAAAGAUAAAAGAAACCAAUUUUCUUUCAAGAUUAUUCUUACCACCCAGAAAUAAUUGGAAAUCAAGAAAGGUUAUUUCCUUAAGUACUGGAAGAGAACAUAUAAUUGCAUUGGACAAUUUCAACCAUAUAUAUUCCUGGGAUACUGGAUGUUGUACCAAUAUUGGGAUUCGUAUCAGAUUUCCUGGAAUCCCUGACGACUCAUUUGUUGUCAAAAUAGUUGCAGGAUGGAAUUUGUCAUGUUGUUUAAUUGUGGGAAUAGGUUUAGUGGUUUGGUAUUCGAGGGAACCUUUAUCACAAGCACAAUUUGAAAGGCAUGAAUUUGAAUCUGAUGCUAAAUAUAUUGUUAUACCGUUCACCAAGGAUGAUAUCGUUGAUUUCACCGUAGGUGCCGAUUGUAUAAUUUAUAUUAAGAGAUCAGAUGGAAAAUUAUAUCAAUUUAAGUUUAAUGCUCAUGAUUUUGCAACUAGAAACACCCCAAUUAAUCCAGAUGAAAUAACCAAUUGUAUUCAACCAAUGAGCAAUUUUAAUAAUUGGAAAUCUAAUAUUGAACAACAAGGUGCAGAGAAUGUGAGGUUUACCAAGUUGAACAGUUGUUACACAAAUUUUGCUGUAUUCACCAAUCAUGAUCACGUUUUGAUAGGUUCACGUAAACAUUUGGUUCAUUAUGAAGAACAAAGACAAAACGGAGAAGACGAGGCAGAAGGAAGAUCCCCAAUAAUCAUGGAUGAAUUACAGGGGAAGAAUAUCAAAACUUUGGAAAUUGGAGAUUACCACUAUUUGGCAUUAACUAAUGAUGGUGAUAUUCUAAGCUGGGGUCGAGAAUCAAGCGGAUGCGGAUGUUUAGGAUUGGGAUCGGAAGAUGAUGUGGUGAGGGACCACCCCGAGGAAGCCGUAUUAGAUGAUUAUCAUAGUUUGCAAGCAAUCAAACCAUUGAAAGUGAAAAAUCCUCCUUAUCCUGGUAAAUGGGUUUCAAUUGCUGCUAGUGGAUGGCAUUCUGGUGGAAUCUACGUUCCUAUUGAAGAUACCGUAUAG